CGCCAAACGGCAUCAACUCUGAGUCCCAGUACUGCAGCACAAACGAAACGUCGGGGUGUUUUCAGUAGCACCAAGACAUGUUUGAAGACCCGUUUUCAAUCAGAAACGAUCUACUUUACAACAAUUUUGUUCGCAAGCGAUGGUAAAGUUUUGGUAACUUCGGGAAGCAAAGUGUUUCCCACCAUCGAAGUAAUACGCAACAAUAAAUUGUUUGGAAAUCUUGAGGAUGACAGUGACGAAUUUUCCCAUGCGAUGAGAACCUCCUUGGAUUGGACAAUUUCUGAUGACACUUUAAGUGAUACAGACUCUCUUCACUCAAACUCGAGCACGGGCGAAUCGACUGAUUCAACAUCCCAAAAUUAUCACUAUAACGAUCAUGAUAAUUUAUGGUCACGUUCUUUUUCUCAAGCUUCCCUGAAACUAAAAGGUGAAUUAUCCCUAGAAUCGUUGGGUACCAUGUAUGAGCAUGUGGUGUCAAUGAAUCUAACAAAAUCCAAGUUUAUUGUGACCAUCCAACAUGUUCCGAACGGUGUCAAAGAGGAAAUUUCUCCUGAUUUGAUUAAGGCUGGGAUACUGAAAUGGAAAAAUUCCGAUGAGAUCAGUAAUAUCUAUCAGAAAGAUCCUCAUCCGGUUUGGAUAAAUUACAUUGAUAGCUGGUGUUCCAGGCAAGCCAAAUUAUUACCCGGACUUUACUUGGGGGUAUUGUACACCGAAAGUACUCUGCAAGGUAUCAAGAUUUUAGUACCGAAAGGCCGUAAACAACUUAUUCCCCUGGAUAAAAUUCGGGACGAAGCCACGAUAACUCCCGAGGAAGCUAGUUGGAUUAAAUCUUUGACCUGUCUGAGUCAAGAUUGUUUUAUCGAUUUGGCGUCUUCAACCAGAGUUGAUGAGAAUGUAUCAAAUUUAGGACAAUUUCAAGCUUCGUUCGUGGAUUCAUAUAACAGAUUACAGCGUGAAACAAAUUUAACUUGGGAAGUUAGUGAUAUCUAUAACGAGCAGACCGUGGACAUUUAUCUUGAUUCGCAAACAAAUCGACCAUAUACAAUGAUGAAUGAACUCGAAGAUAACAUCAUCGAUCAAUACGGAACUUCUCAUGGUGAUCUUUACCUGGAUCAUAAUGCGAAAAUCGGUCCCAAGAGCAGCACCUUCAGUAAACGUAGUAGCAAAUUGUCACAACAGAUCAAUCUGGGAUUCGAUGAAAACGAAGAAAAAUCUACGCUCCCCAAUUUUCCUGAAUCUCACAAGGCUGAAUUGGAACUUUGUGAUGGUGGUGCCAAACUCUCCGCCAACAAUAGUGACAAUGAAAUUGAUCAUAUUGAUCAUAAGAUGGUUUACGAGGAAGAUAUUUCAAAUACAAUAGAUGACAAAGGUGUUGGUAACGAGAUCAAAUUUAAAGGAAAAGAUGUUGCUAUGCAUAAGAAUAACGCUGUAGAAUCCGAAGAAGAAGAGGAGGUCAUGUCAAAUGUUAAAUCUUCCAAUUCAACAGGAGUCGCAACUUCUGUUGCCGAGGAGGCAACAUCCGCCUUAGCAUCAAUCUUAUCUUUCAACAAUAUUAAUUCUAUCCGACCGUUCGCUCGUAUCGUCUUAAUAGUCAAACCCAUGCGACAGCCUCAUCAAAUCCGUGAUGCAUAUGUUUCUGGAUCAUGCAUGUUAUAUCCAUUUCCAUUAUAUGACGCUCUGCAACAUGCUACAUUCAAUGCUUCCUUGUAUGCAUGUUCUCGCCGUUCAAUGCAAAUUCUGCAAGCCAGUCGGGUCUAUUUCACCCGAGAACUGGUGAGACACUUACAGAACAUUGACAAUUUCUCAGAAGUCAAUGAACAAAACAUAGAAGAUUACUUUUUCGAUCCAGAUGAGUUUUUAAAGAUUCCCGAUGAAGCGAGGAAAAUCCAGCAAGCCCUUGAUAUCAUUCGAGACGAAGUCGUCACUCUUAGGCAACAAUGGAACAUUGCAUCUUGGACAAUGACCGCUAUAGAAUGGGACCGCCAAAGAACAAUGCAAUCCUAUAAUUUUGGUGGUAGACCAAUGACCUUAAACGUUUCAUCAAGAAAUUCUUCCCAGAGUCGUGCAGCUUCAGUUCACAAUGUUCACCUAUCAAAUAGUUGUAGUGAAGAUAACGAUGAGAAUUCCGAGGCCAAGGGUGCAAAAGUCAUCAAAAAUGAUGCCACAUUGCAGAUCGAAUUUUUACGAGACCUUAUGUAUCAUGCGCCCGAUCGCGCGUGGAAUCAUAUUCGUUUCUUGGGAAUUCCACUACCGACCUUUAACAAUAACUUGGAGGCUAUUAGUGGUGAUAGUCGCAUUAACAAGCAGAAGAAGCAAAAUAACAAGUCGUCCUCGAACACUCCGAAGGGCACCACUUGCAAGCCUCCUCCGCCAAUUCUGAUGUCAUAUUUAUCCUCAUUACCCGCAUUGACUCCAAUGGUACCCGAGAAAAAACGGUUAUCUACUUCAUCGGCAAUAUCAAGUAGUUCCAGCAAUUCAAUCAAUUCAAAUAAUUCAACAACUGCACCACCUUUACUGCCCGUCAGAAAACAGUCGGCGAGUCGUAGACUGAUGAAGACUCUUGGACUCGUUGGCCGUGGGCAACAAAAUACUGAACCUGAAUUGCCCCCGAUUCCCAAUCAAUUGAUCGCAAAUCAUAAAGAAAAUGGUAAAAGAAAACUUUCGAGUAAACGAGCAAGAGGACUGCAUGACAAAAGUGGUGCCGAAGAUAAUGAGGAAUCAAUUAUCAUCAAUGUUCCUCUGACCACAUCACCUCUGCUCGCUCCAUCUUUUCUCGGAUCUAACGAAAAAAUAGGAGAUGAGCUUGAGGUUGAUCAAAAUGUAAUUCGUGUGGAUAAUGCUUCUGAAAGUGUGGAUAAUUCUCAGAAUUAUCAUUCUGUUCAAGAUGUCGAAAAAAACAUUGAUAGCAAGGAUCUAGUGACUGAAUCGGUUGAAAGUCGGCAAGAAAUUGACGCGCAAAAUAACAUUGAACCUCAACAUAAACAUGUACCAUUUGAGAUCAAGAUAAUUUCUGAUGAAUCUCUUGAAAUUACCACUAAUGAAUCGACCAUUAGUACUGUCGGAAAUACUAUUGUUGCUCCAGAAGCUGUCUCGAUGGUGGACAGUGAAGCUUUCUUCGAAGGCGCAGCGGGUGUUGAUACAAACGAAAACAAUUCUGAGGAUUAUUCUAAUUACGUGGGUAAAGAUCCCACUGAAUUAUUGUCUUCGACAAAUGUUGACAAGGCGAAUUCUGACGCUAAGGAACCCACUGCCACCACUGUAGAAAUAAACGAUCAAUCCAAUGUUGAAGACGAGAUGCAUCAAGAGGCGAUUGAUGCUAUCAUUGAUGCCAUAAUCGAUGUUAAUUGUGAGGUUUCAAAACCGUUAGAAGAGGAUACCGAAAAUCUUAUUGCUUCAUUAUCCAAUAAUUCACAAACUCUGUCGAUCAACUCCACAUCAACUUCCGCUUCCACGACUACCACCACCUCCGCAACUGACACGCCGUUGUCAUCAAGGGCUUCUUCGUCCCCAUCCACACCCCAGCCGCCACCUCCUCCCUCUUCUCCGAUAAAUGAAUCCAAUCAU